CAACCGGUUUGUUUUGGUUUCAUAUUUUACGAAGGUGUUACGUCGUUUCACUCUGUCUGGCUGUGAAUCAUCAUUAGUUUUGGCAGUGCAGCUGAAAUCAGAAAAGAUGGAUGCCGAAUCAAUCAAGAAUUUCAGAGAGAAAUUUACUUCUCAGUAUAUGGAAACUAUAAAAAAAGAAAACUUUGAUUCUCGUGAUGUAACACGACUGUUGGAUGACGAUGCUUACGCUUCCGCAUUUCUUAUGUGGAAGAAGAAUAACAUAUCAGAUUCUGCCAAACUCGCAGCUGAUGUUUUUGAAUGGAGAAAGAAGAAUAAUGUGACAGAUCUUUCAGCCUGUGACAUUGAUGAAGAAUUCUAUUCAAAAAAAAGUUUUUUCAUCCGAGGAAAAGAUCGUGAUGGAAAUAGGAUUAUUUAUUUUAUCGGAAAACGGUUUUCUAAAGGAGACGAGGCUGAAGCGAAGAAAUUACUCAUGUACCUGAUGGAGAGAUUGCAACGUAACGACCCAGGAUCCAGAGUGAUGUUCAUCCUGGAUGCAGGAGGAUGCGGGAUGAGUAACGUGGAUCUUGGAGUCAUCAAACUGAUUGUAGAUUCCUUCAUGUAUUAUUUUCCAAGUUUAUUGGGGAGAACGUUUGUUGUCGAUUUGCCAGGAGUACUAACAGCGAUCUGGAACGUUGUCAAAGUAUGGUUUGACGAAGAAAUCAAGAAUCGAACCCAUCAUUGUUCGAGGAAGGAUUUAGAAAAGUAUGUUGCACUGGAGCAGUUGCAGACAGUUCUGGGAGGAACGGAUGAAUGGGAACCAAGUACAAACGUCGGCUCAGACAUUGAAGCUGAAUUCACAAAGGAGGAGGUUGAAACAUUCACUGACGCCGUGGAGAACUUAGAAAUUAAGGAAUAAAGUGAACUUUUACAAGUGUACAAAAUGGUUUUUGAAUGGAUUUUUUCUUUUGUGUUUCCUAGUAGUGUUGACUUGAAUAUUUCAAGCACAAUUACACUCCAAUUCAGUGGUCGCCAAACUUUUUACCCCCCUUUUUAGAAUUUGUCAAGUCUCGUGCCCACCUCGAAAAUAACUAGAUAACAAUAACUUAGCAUAUUUUUAUUGCCUCCUCAAAAAAUUGUCUAAUUGUUUUCACAAAUAAAAACUAACUUCUUAAGUGUGGAUAAGAUCGUUUAUAAAUAUUUUUUUGCUUAUCGAUCAGAAAUUUUAGGCAGGAUUCUUUUAUUCUGUCACUGCCGUUUUAGCUUGCGAUUUUGCUACUGACAACAUUUUACAAAUCUUUUAGCUUUUAUGGAAAUGCCUAAUCUUGCCUAAUCCUAACUUGAAUAUUUUUGAAUCUUUCAACACAUAGUACUAGCAACUCUCCCGCAGUAUUUUUCUGACGUUCAGUUUUGGACGACACGUUUGAGCAAUCUUUCAUUUAACCCUUAAAAAAUGUGAUAGUCAAGUAAUUUUUACACUUUGAAUUACUUAUUCCAAGUUCCAUAACACAAAUUUUUGCAAUGAUAAAUAUUUUUUAAGCUAUCAACACAUGAGUAGUACAUGCAACUCUCCCAUAGUAUUUUUCCUACGUUCAGUUUUGGACUCAUUUGAGCAAACUUUCAUGAAGCUAUAAAAAUGUGAUAGUCAAAUGAUUUUUACACAUUUCACAAAAUUUUCACUUAUUCCAUAUCACAAACUUUUGCAAUGAUAAAUAUUUUUGAAGCUAUCAAAACAUUCCUUUCCCGACAGUAUUUUUCCUACUUUCAGUUGCGGACUCGUUCGCGGAGUGUCACUGAUCUAUCGUAUAUCCUCAUAUAUAAGUCGAGUUUAAAUCUAAAAAAAAGUUGCCAGACUAAAGAAUCGACUUAUAUUCAUUACACACCUAAAAUUUGGCUUAUUCUCGUAUAACUCUGAUCGCAGUUAAAAAAUUUGGCUUAUACCCGCAUAACUUUAAUAGCACUCUAACAAAAAAAGAUAACGCUAACUUAAUUCCAACAGCAACAACUCGAACUAUGCUAAAUUAUCACGAAACUAGUGUGCACGCUCACACGUGAAGUGGCACUUGGUACUCUAUGACAGCGAUAACAGUCUGUGAUUGGUUGUCAUGCACGUGAUCGGCGUUUUCGGGGUCGGCUUAUAUGUCAAGAUAUACAUCACUUAUAAUAUUCUACUAAUAAUCAAAUAAUCAUUUUUCUUUUUAUUCAAUAACGCUUAUGCAGAAACUGUCUAGUUUUAUUUACUCAUGCAGCAUAUUUAUUUUUAUUUUUAUUAUACAGCUCCCAUGGCAGAAAUUUCGGCGCAUGUUUACUAAACGCUGUAGGUACUUCUAGUUGGCGAGCAACAAACAUUCUUGCAUACCUGGCUGUGUCAUCUAAAAAUUAUGUCAUUACGACGUCACAAUCACGUCAUAGAGUUUGCCAAAGAAAAGCUACGAUCGCCCAAAAUGGCAUCACCGCUCGCUAAUGCCAGCGAUCUUCGGGAUUUUUAUGACAAGAGAACAAAAAAAAAGCUUAAUUUUUGGAUGACGUAGUCAGGGGGGGUUAAGAAUAAUAUUUGCAAAAGAGGUUGUGACACGCAAACUAGAAUUACUUGACGGUGUUUAGUGGACUAGCCCCAAAAUUUCUCAGCUUAGCACUGCCAUCACAAGUGUUUUAAAUUUGAAUUUAUGUUCUGGUUUAAAUUCCUUGAAAUAAUAUUAUAUCAUUGGCCACUGGUGUAAGGCAUUGUUAAAAGUGAAAGGCAUAUUGAGUGUCGAAUAUAAAUAUGGAUCUCUCACAAAAACAUUAUUCUCGAAUAUUUUUUGACUGAAUUGAAUUUAUUUAGAUUUUUCUUAAUUAAUUGCACUGCCCUAAAAACUCGUUAAUUUCAAAUUUUUAUUUGAGAUUUUAUUCAGUAUUUUUUUUGUUAUUACAUUGCCUUGAAAACUUUUCAAAAUUUGCAUGGAAAACAACAUUUUGUGAAAGCUUACAUGCCUAAAUCUGCUUGCCUAUUUCAGAUUCUUACAUUUAAUUUUCUUAUUCAAAUAAGAAAUUGCAAUAUAUGCUAUAUUUGGCACUGAAUAUGGCUUUCAAUGCAAAAAUGGUUAUUUUCGAUCGUUCCAAAUAAAAAGUAACUUCUUGAACAGCAUUUUAAAAAAAUUAUUACAGCAUUACAUUCAAAUUAUCUUUGACUAAUUCAUUAGAAAUUUUAGCGUCUAUCUUGUCACUGCCUUUUUAACCUUUUGAACUUGCGAUUUUGCUACUGACAACGUUUUACAAAAUUUUAAUUUUUAUGAAAAUGCCUAAUCUUGCCUAAUUCUAACUUAUAAGAGUGUUUGUUUAUUUACAUUGUUACUGUUUGAAGCAACUCACAAUCCAAAAUCAACUUUAACCUGGGGUUGGAAGAGAGGGGUACGUCCUGGAAGCAGGGGUAUUAUAUAUAUCGGAAGGACCCGAUAACUGUCCAACUUGGCAAUUAAAAAUUUCAGCCCUCCCCCCCCCCCUUUUUAAAAAUUCCUGACUACGUUCCUGCUGGAAGAAGCCUUGGUAAAAUAUUUAUAAUCUAAGUCUGAGCAGAUUUUUUAAUUUUCCUUGUCCGCAAACUGCUAUGGUGGCUAGCCAUUCUAUACUUAAGGUUCUAGGAAAAUUCGCCGCAAGUGGACUUUGCGGUAAAACAAGUAUUCGUAAUAGAAACUGUUAGUUUUUGGAGUAUCUUUUUAUUCGUUGUUAUUCAAGAGCAUACCCCUAUUGCGGUGAUUUUUCAUACAAAAAAAAAAGUUAAUUGAAAUUUGUUAAAUAAAAAGGUACCUAAAACCCUAGCUGUUUUAUCACAAAUGCUUGUUUUACAGCAUAAUACUCCUGUGGCAAUUUUUCCUAUGUGAAAAAUUUCCUGCAGCGAAUUUUUCUAGAACUGUCAUACCCAUUUGCUGGAGUCUCACAACGUC